ACGAUUAACUUAAGGUUCCUCUGUUUGUUUAUCAAGCUAACAACGAAAUAUCAUACAAUGUGUGUGUGUAAAAGCAGGGAAAAGAUGCCCCCUCAAGAACAAUGAGCGUUUGUUGGCAUGUUAUUGAGAGUUUAGCAUGUACAACAACAUACUGUCUGGAGAAAUGGAAACAGUGAUCAGUGUGGUUGUUACAGUACAGCAUUAUGCAGUGAAUGAUCCUUAAUAAAUCAGAAACAUGAUCCGGAUAGCUGCUCUGAAUGCGGCGUCUCAGGCUGCGGAUGAACAUGAAGACUCCUUCAGAAGCACUAAGCCAAGUCAAACAAAGGAAGCCCAGGAGGCGGAAGCGUUUGCACUGUAUCAUAAAGCUCUUGAUCUGCAGAAACAUGACAAGAUUGACGAGUCUGCCAAAGCCUACCAUGAGCUCCUCAAGACCCCACUGCUCAAGGAGGCAGUGGCAUCUGAAGAUGAGAAAGUGGGACUGAAGCAUCCUGGGCUGAUGUUGAAGUACUCCACCUAUAAAAACCUGGCCAGUCUUGCUGUGCUCAGAGAUGAUCUAGACACUGCCAUGGACUUCUAUGUACAAGCUGUCAUGCUGGACUCCACAGAUGUGAAUAUGUGGUUUAAAAUGGGAAAGUUGGCCUUGAGGAAGGCCAGCAUGCCUUUGGCCCGUCAUGCCUUUGAGGUGGGCUUACGCUGUAACCCGGACCACUGGCCCUGCCUGGACAGUCUCAUCACAGUCCUCUACGCUCUCAGUGACUACAGCUGUUGUUUGUACUACAUCUGUAAGGCUCUGGAGAAGGACACAGGCUACAGUAAGGGGCGAGUGCUCAAAGAGAAGAUCUUUGAAGAGCAGCCCUGCCUCAGACGAGACUCUAUGAAGAUGUUCUCCAAACUUGAUGUGUCGGUGCAGUAUGUGGAUGUAGAUGAAGAUGAAGCCCACAGCAUUGUAGAGGAAGCGCUGGAACUGAGGAGACAGAGACAGGCUAAACUCACACGGCACCCGGUAGCUGACCUGCAACUGGUUCAGCCUAUCAAAUACUUCACGUGGAAAAGUGUGGGCGAGAGUUUCUUGGCCAUGUACAAACACCAGAACGCUUGCCUGGUCCCACGGCCUGACUUUGGCCGCCGAAUCGAUUUGUCAAUGUACCGUGACCCGGACUGCCUCCUGCAAAUGCCCACCAGCACUCCAGCGCCCGCCACUGUUGCUUCAGACCCUCCUCAGCCUCCCAUGAAUGUCAGUGUACCUCAGGACCCCCCUGCCCCUCCUCCUGGUCCCAGCAGCCCAAGCUCCAGUCUGCCCCCAUCCACCGAGCUGCUUGUCCAGCCGCAGGCCGAGCCCAUCGCUCCUGGAGGAGUACCGCAGAGCCAGAACAUCAUUGAGAUCAGCACAACCACAGUCACCACUACUGCUGCUAAUGGAGCUGAGGAUGCUGCCGUCACCACGGUUACUACUGCUGCUCUGGAUGCUGCCUUGAGUGAUAAAAUGAAAAAAGGCACCAAGAGAAAACGUGUGGUAGAGGACAACGUAGAGACAGCAAAGAGACGCUCUGCACGUGUCCGGAACACCAAAUGCAAGAAAGAAGAGAAGAUUGACUUCCAAGAGCUCCUGAUCAAAUUCCUCCCCUCUAGGCUGAAAAAGUUUGAAGAUGAUGAAGAUGAGGAGAGUCUCAGUAACAUGGACUCUAAUUGUGACGUCAAACCUGAUUCCCAGUUGAACCGCGGCUCCGGAUCCAACUCGUCUGAGUAUAUCAUCUCUAUGGAGUCAGAGCGCAAGGAUGUGCAUGCGUUCUUGCUGGCGAACAUGCAGAACGGCGGCAUCCUGGAGCUGAUGAUGCGGUUUCUGAAGGCGGUGGGGCAGAUGUUUCUGGAGGAGUGGCCAGCGGGCCUCGGUGGAGUGGUGCUGGAUCUCUUCACCUGCUGGAGGAAACACAGCGCUGGGCUGCCCAACCCACUGCUCAGAGAUUCCAGCAACCAGCACAUAAAGGAAAUGAUGCUGAUGAGUCUCUGCUGUCUGGAGCUGCAGUUGGAACAGAAGUCUAUGAUGAAGGGCCGGAACAUGUCUCAGAGGAAGACCAUGUCUGCUUCAGGAAGGGAUUGUGGGGAAGCAGAUGGACUAGAGACCCGCUUUCAGUCGGAUAUGUUCCUCCUGACCAUGGCCUCGUCUCAGAGAGAUCUGUUUGGAGACGACUGGCUCUCUUUUGCCGUCAGAGUUCACUGGCUUAAAGCACGACACCUCGCCUUUCAGGGGGACAUGGAGGAGGCACUGGAGUGUUACGACAUGUGUGUCGGUCUGCUGAAAUGUCAGACGAGUGAGAUGGAAAAGAUCACCAUCCUCCUGCCCAACCUCAGCAUGGACAAUGCCAUCUCUUUAGAGGAGAUUGAGAAGAAGUUGAAGUCUCUGGAGCGAUGUCAGUCUUUAGAGGAGAUCCAGAGACUGUUUGACACGGGAGACUACCAGUCUGUGGUGCGUUUACUGCAGCCCACACUGAGCUUUGGCCACGGCUCGGCGCGACUGAAACCUCUAGAUUACAUCAGCUCUGCCCCUGAGAGACCAGCACAGCUGCUACUGCUACAGAGUUCCCUGCUGCGGCUGAAAGACUUCAGCACCUGCUUUGAGACAUCUGAAGUGUCUCUCAAUGAGGCCAUGCAGCACUUGAACUCCACAUUACCCAGCAGCCCCUCUGCCAAGGAGGAGUGGGUUUCCACCAUCACGGCCCUGCUGAAGGGCAUCGAAAGCUGCAUCACUGACAAGCCCGAGCUGCUGUGUCACAGCCCGCGCUCCACAAACCUGCCGCGCCUCGCCAACAACCUCAUACAGUUGAUAGCUAACAGCAUGGUCUUACCUGAUGACCCCAAAGAGGCUCAUUUCUCAUCACUGUUGCCAUGGAUUCUGCUGUACCACCUUAUCAAACAGGAGGAGGCAGCGUUUGACUGCAUGCUGCGGCAGCAUAUCACAGACGAGGAUGACGAUGAGGAUGACACUCCACUGCUGCCCUCCUCCCUCAUGCUUCUGAACACAGCACAUGAAUGUCUGGGCCGUCGCUCCUGGUGCUGCAACUCUGAUGGCACUCUGCUCAAAUUUUUUGUGCGUGUGCUGCGGGAGAAGCUCUCAGGACAGGAGAAUCUGCCAUAUAAAGAGGAUCUGGAGACGGCACUGGAGCAGUGUUUCUUCUGCCUGUACGCUUACCCCAGCAAGAAGAGCAAAGCCCGAUACCUGGAGGAGCAUUCUGCCCCACAGGUGGAGCUUCAUUGGAGCGAUGCCAUCUUUAUGUUUGAGUACUUUAAGCCCAAAACCUUGCCAGAGUUCGACAGCUAUAAGACCAGCACUGUCUCUGCUGACCUUGCCAACCUGCUUAAAAGGCUUUCUGGAAUAAUCCCACGCAAUGACGGCCCCACACUCUCUGUAGAUGACGUGUCUGCCUAUAUUGAGGGAGGUGCUGUCAAGGUGCCAGCACUUCCAGAAGGAGCUUCCCCGGCACCCCCUGUGGUUAACGAGCUGUACUACCUGCUGGCGGACUACCACUUCAAAAACAAAGAGCAGUCUAAAGCCAUCAAGUUCUACAUGCACGACAUCUGCAUGUGUCCCAACAGGUUUGACUCAUGGGCAGGCAUGGCUCUGGCACGCGCCAGUCGUAUCCAGGACAAGUUGAACUCUAAUGAGCUCAGGAGUGACGGACCCAUCUGGAAAAACUCUCUGGCUGUGCUGACCUGUUUCAAGCGGGCUCUGGAGAUAGACGGCUCCAACCUCUCCCUAUGGAUCGAGUUUGGAACCAUGUCCUAUGCCUUGCACUCCUUUGCUUCCAGACAGCUCAAACAGUGGAAACGCGAACUUCCCCUGGACUUGAUCAAACAGAUGGAAGAGCGCAGAGACUCAAUGUUGGAGACGGCGUCGAAGUGCUUUCAGAGCGCCUCUCGCUGUGACGGCGAUGAGGAGGAGUGGCUCAUUCACUACAUGCUGGGAAAGAUUGCAGAGAAGCGCAAAUUGCCACCGAAAGACUACCUGCAGCUGUUCAAAAAGUCUGCACACUACCUGCACGAGGAGGCAGCCCGAUACCCGCGCAAAAUCCACUACCACAACCCGCCUGACCUCGCCAUGGAGGCCUUAGAGCUGUUUUUCCGCCUGAGCGCCACAAUUCUGAAGUUGCUGGAGAAUGAGGAAGAUGAUGGUGAACAGUCUGAGCAGCAGAUGAAGCUCCUGGAUUAUGAUCUGUUCUUCAGCAUGCUCGCCGAAGCUGCCGUCGGACCCUUUGCACGUGGAGAGGAGAAGACCACACCCAAAACCAGCAGCGACAAGGAAAAGCUUCCAUCCAUUAACGACGAAGACUCACGCUCUUCGGUUGGCGUGAGUACCUGUCCGGCAGCAUUGACCACCUCAUCUGUCACAUCUGUGGUGGCUGCAGCAACUUCAUUGCCUGGCGACGGUGCGGCAGGUGCGAGUUCUCCCACGUACGCGGUCACUCCGGUCGACCACGAUUACGUCAAACGUAAAAGCGUGCAGCAGAGGCACAGGCGGGGGCAGGAGCUCCAGCAGCAGCAGCCGCAGCAACAGCAGCAGCAGGACGCUGACUUCUCACAUGACCAUGACUACUGCGUGUGUCUCUCUGCUUUGCGGCCAGGAUCUGCGUAUGAGCAAAGUCAGGACAGUGUUGCUGGCAUGUCGGACUCCAGCUCCUUGCAGGAUGUCUUCAUGGAUCCCACCAGCUCACAGGACAGCAGCCACAAGGUCGAUACUGGGAAGUGUAGUAUUUUUCCAGAAGAAUCAAAUGCCAUUGAAAAAGAGAAACGGGCCACUGUAGAGGACAAUCUAGGCACCUUGGAGGACAAGAACAUAGACAUCAGCUCCGCCACACUGUCUCAAGAAUCUUCUGUCACACAAGAGUCUUCAGAUACCACCUUAUCCAUCACCUCCCCUGAGGCCUCCGUCCCGAAAACUCCUACCACAGACACCCCGACCCAAGCUCCAUCUCUGCCGCCACACACGGCCCAACCUCACAAACUCCACUCCCAGACGGGCUCCUCCAGCGAGGGGAAGCGCAGACCAGAGCCGCCGCCUCCCCUGGAAGUGAUAGAGUUGCCCAAGUGUCUGCCGACGGGACGGGGAGAACAGAGGAAAACACUAGUGGACGUGUGUGUGAGGUCUCUCUUCCUGUGUCUGAGUCGCUACCCACAGCAUUACAAGAGUCUGUACCGUCUGGCCCACCUGUACGCCUACAGCAAGACACACAAGAACCUGCAAUGGGCACGAGAUGUGUUGCUAGGGAGCAGUGUCCCAUGGCAACAGCUGAAACACAUGCCGGCACAAGGACUUUUCUGCGAGAGGAAUAAGACCAAUCUGUUCAAUUUGCCGUACAAGAAAAACAAACAUUCCUGUCCAGUUUUCUUUGGAUUCCUGAACAGUUCAUUCAUCAUCACACCUGGCAUCUGGCGUAUUCCAGUAGAUGAGAUCGAUCGUCCGGGUAGUUUUGCAUCUCAUAUGAACAGAUCCAUCGUGCUGUUGCUGGAUGUUCUGUCUCAACUGAAAGAUCACCACACGUUACUCAAAAUCUCCCUCAUGCUUCAGAGAACCCCCGACCAGGGAAAGAAGUACUUACGAGAUGUGGACCGACAACUUUUGGCCAAGCGAGCGUUUUUCUUCACUGUAAAAGUGCUGGAAGACAAUCUGGAUAAACUCACAGGGGUAAGUGAUCCCCCUAAACCAUCUACCGCCUCUAUGGGUGAAAUGACCACAGUGGAUGUGUCCAAUCGGCCUCCAGUUGCAGAGGACACCAAAUGCUCCCACACUAGCCAGCCUAAAGCAGGACUCCCCGACACCCCUGCGGUCACAGGAAGUGAGACUGGACCUACUGGCAUGCCUCAACAACAUUCCGCCACACUUCAGUUCUCCCUGGAACCUUUAACUCAGGUGACAGCGGUCACCGUUCACCCCAGAGAAGGUACUUCAGGACUUGGAGAGCCUAUGGAGCUUGGCUCGGGAUCAUGGCCGGGUGCCUCAAAAUUCAGAGACCCUCAAACGGCAGUUGACACUGUCCCACAAGAGCAGGGGAUGGUCAAAUCAGUCACGGAGGAGGCCGAUAAGGUCCCAGAGAGCAGUCGGGCGACGGAGCUGUCGCUGGAGGAGUUGAGCAUUAGCUCUAAACAGCAGCAGCUACAGAAUCAGGUGAACGCAGCUAAAGGAGCGCUAACUAUGGCCACAACACCAACGCCAAGCACACCUUUACCUAGCAGCCCUGAGCUGGCGCUACCGCAGAGACCCAACAGGAAGAGGAAACUGCUGGAUGAUGUGGAGUCGGGCAAGACGCUGCUUCUGGAUGCGUACAGGGUGUGGCAGCAAGGUCAGAAGGGCAUGACCUACGACCUGCAACGCAUCGAGAAGAUCAUGUCGGAGACCUACAUGCUGAUUAAACAGGUGGAUGAGGAUGUAGCGCUGGAUCAGGCUGUGAAGUUCUGCCAAAUUCAAAUGGCGACGUCGGCACAAAGACAGAGCUCCAGUGAUGCGCCCAGCACUCCCAAGUUUAGUAAAGACCAGCGAGACAUCUUCUUCCCAGCAUCGUUCUCCACGCCGUGCCUCCACACGCACACAUACACGGCAUCAACGCAGGACGGGGAGGCCAAGCUGAGCAAGACCCCUCGGCCGCUUCACAUACAUCCACAGACACACAGCACUCCAACACAGAUCUACUGCCCGCCCUCCAGCCAACCCGACCAAUCGCAGCAGCGGAAGACGCCUAGCCAACCAAUAGCAAGCAUGGCCUUCUUGCCCCACACAGAGGACCGAGAGGAGGCCGCUUCAGAGGGUCUGCUGUACCGCCAGCAUGAGUCGCACCUGUGUCAGCAGAUGAAGAUGGCCAGCGUCUCUCAGAUUCACAGCACACAGGACUGGGCCGGUCAUGAGCCACCAUCCUGCUCCACACACACCAGCACAGAAAGUGACCAGUCGAAGCAGGGUGAUGCGAGUCGCAUCCGCUCCAGAAUUCCACCCAACAUGCCCAAACUGGUGAUUCCCUCCACAGUCACUAAAUUCCCCCCAGAGAUCACAGUCACGCCCCCCACGCCCACCCUGCUCUCGCCGAAAGGUAGCAUCUCUGAGGAGACCAAACAGAAACUCAAGAAUGUGAUCCUGUCCUCUCAGUCGGCAGCUAACGUGAAGAAAGACACUCUCGCUCAGCCCGCUUUAGAGGUGCAAGAGACGUCGAGUCAGGAAUCCUCCCUGGAGAGCGAGUCCGAUGAGGAAGACGACUACAUGGACAUUUGAGCCGUACAGCUUUGACCCGCACUGCUGCAGAACUCCAGCUGAACUCUGAAGUGAAAUCUCCUUUUUUUUUUAAUCGUGUAUCUGCAGCUAAUCGUUGACGGUUUCGUCCGAGUCCGUUUUUCUCCGCUGUAUGCACGUUUUUCAGCGAAAGGGCUUUUUCCUACCCUGGCACUUGUGUCCUGUUGUUUUUGCUCCUCUGCUGCUAAGCAUGGACUGGGUUUCUGUGUUCUUCUGUUGUUUUUUCGUUGUGUACAAUCUUGCAAAGUGCCAUUUUUACUCCAGCAGUUAAAAACGACGCUCACAGCUAACCGCAGCCACCACGCUGGAUUCAUGGAAAAUCAGUAAAAAAUGUUCUACUUUUAAGGAUGGAUUGUGUAAUAUUGGCAGUUUGUGUAAUGCAAUUUACUCUCUCAGAGUUUCUUGGGCAUUAAAUCCAUCAUGAUGUUGUUUACAGAUUUAACAGGAAGAACGUUUUGCUUGAUGUUUGCUCAGCUCAGCGGUGUAAAAUAAACAUGAUUCAUAUCACUACCAAGUUUGGGUGGCAUCGCUACCAAAACGUGGAAGAUCCUCUUGGGAUGUCAGCAUGCAAAAGUGAGAGUUUUUCCAGCCGUCUCUGUGUUUCUGCAUAUGUGUUCGUGCGUGCGCUAUUCUUUGUUUUUUCAGAGCUGCCUGCACGUAUAGUGCCCGCGGAGCAUCUCCGUUUGUCCGGUCGUCCGUGCUUCAGCUGUCGGCUUUUUAAAGGAGAGUUCUACCAGUUCCUUCACAGCACCUCAAGAGUUCAAUUUAUAUAUUUAAUUAUUAUAGAUUACUGGAUUGGUAAUCUGUUGGUUGUAAAAAAAAUAUCAAGUAUAUUUUAAGACACCAAAAAUCCCAUUGCUGUUGUAUUACUGUUAGUAUCUCACGUUUUUGACCUGAUUUAUUACAUUUCCAUUCGAGGAUCGUAAACAACAGCACGCCACCAGCACUGAGAAGAUGUGACGAUUAUUCAUAUCGCAGUUCAAAUAUGAAUGUGAUCUAACUAGCUACAGAAGAAUAGAAUUACUUUUUUAUUUGUAUUUUUUUCAAGGAUUAUGUCUGCCAUCACAGCCAUUGUUUUUUCUUAAUCAGAUGAAAAUGCCUAAAAAUGGUGCUGAUCCCUUAUUUUUGGCUUUUCUUUGAAUGGUUAAAUGGAAAGUUCACAAUAAAAUGUUUUUCUUUUUUUCUUCUGUGAAAAUUUAGCAGAAUGUUCACGCUGCUCUUUCCAUGCAAUGAAAGUGGAUUUAGACCUGGAGCUGUCAAGACUCACAAAAAGCACCUUAAAAAAUAGUCCAUAUGACCAUAUUUUCACCUAUUUUUCAAGUAAUUGAAGUUCUAAUAUGGUACGUCACACCAGGUUUUCGGUGAAUGAUUUUUCUCUUCCUCACACAAGACUGUCAAAUGGCUAUAGAAGACUUGAAAUCUAGUGCACAAGCCAUAUGGACUAUUUUAUGGUACUUUUUUUGUCAUUUUUGGAGCCUUUGACCAACGUUAACUUACACCGUAUGGGGAAGAACAGCGUGAACAUCCUGCCAAACAUCAUCUUUAGCCGUCUUUCGAGUUUAUAAUGACAUGAUGGUGAGAAAAUGAAGUACUUUUUGAGUGAACUGUCCCUUUAAUCAAGGAAAAGUGGCCUAAUGUUAGUUCUAUUGAGGUUCUGGACCUGUGGGAUUUAGUUUCAAAUUGAAGUAGCACUGCUUUAUCUCGGAGCAUUAAGAGCAUGUCAUCGUUUCCUCGUGACGUGUCUGUAUGUAGACGGCGAUCGUGGCUGCCGCUGGUAGCGUUCCCAACCAGAUCUGUUUUUGGAAGUUUUUCCAGUUCUGAUAUAAAGAGUCAUUUAGACGGAGGAAUGUUUUUUACCGAACGUUUUCUACUUGUAGAUGGAUAAAUAGCUACCAGUAUUUUUUUGAGUGCAGAAUUUUUCAAGACUUUGAAGGACUUUGAAAUGUUUCGAUGCAAUGAGCAUGUGUGACCAAACUACCUGUAAACAGAUGUUUCUAUUUUUUCCUCUUUGUAAAAUAAUAUUUUGUUUGUUGUUGUCUUUUGAAUGCUGUCUCUAUGCUUGUGUUAAGAAUGUAAGACGAGGUGGGUAAAUCCUCUGCUCUCUAGAGAUGGGAGCUUUUCUGUGGGGUAUUAUACUGUCCUCAGGCUUUUUUCUGAGAAGAUUGAUAUUUCUGACUUGCUGCAUUGAUGAUAUCACAAAACCAAAAAUACACUUACAACAUUUUUACCUGA